GAGUUUGCAAAAGCUGGGAGAAACGUCGACGUUUUGUAGCACAGCAUCCUUGCUGACUGCUGUGUUCCCACCACAGCAGGGGAUCCACUCCCCAAUCAACUUCUCAAACAAAAAUCAAAUUCUGUGCAAAAUUGAAGCAAGGAAUUGAAGAUGGCGGCGGCGUAUGCUGCUCUGGUUUCCCUCACUCAUAUCAUACACCAAAUCGAGCACCAUCCGCCCUCCGCUCUCUCUCGACAAGCAACAAGUCGAUGCCCUCACUCAGAGCCUCAAUUUCCUGCAACAAUUUCUCGAAACCUACACCUCUCUCGCCGGAUACAGCGAAGAAGCGGCUCAGCUCUUGGAGAUGCGCAUCGCGACCGCUGCUCACUUUGCCGAAGAUGUUAUCGAAUCAGCAAUCGCGGAUCGAAUUCUCAAUCAAACAAAUUCCGCCGACUUCCACCGCAGUUUCGAAGGUGCGAUACAACGCAUGAAUUCGAUCGCGAAAGAGGCGAUCCAGAUUAAGGAGAAGAAGUUAGGGAGAAGCUGCUCGACUUCGAUUGCCGUUGGAUCGACGAGAUCUGCUUACACGGAGCAGAAAUUCGUCGCGGUGGGGAUAGAUGAUGCAUUGUACGAAUUGCUGGAUAAGCUCACUGGAGGAAACAGCUCUGAUUGCCUGAUCAUCUCCAUUGUUGGCAUGGGCGGUAUUGGUAAGAGCGCACUUGCUAGAACUCUGUUUGAGAAUGAGCUAAUUGAUUACCAUUUCGACAUUUUAGCUUGGAUUACAGUAUCUCAGGAAUACAGUGUGUGGUCUCUUUUACAUCUUCUCUGUGUCAAAAUUACGACAGAUUGGGAACCCUUGAAAGAUAUGAAUGAAGAUGAAUUAGGAGAAAUUAUAUAUAGAAGUUCGUGGAGAGGGAGGUAUUUGAUAGUGAUGGAUGAUAUUUGGAAUAUUGAGGUUUUGAAACAGCUUAGAAUCUUCUUCCCAAAUAACAGAAAUGGGAGUAGAAUUGUGAUCACCACUAGGCAAUCAAACUUGGCAUAUGAGCUAAGUAACUGUUAUAUGCAUGUGGUGAAAUUCUUAGAUGAGGAUGCAAGUUGGGAUCUACGUCGUGAGAAUGUAUUUGGAGAGGGAAAUUGCCCUGUUGAAUUGGUGGAAGUUGGAAAGAGAAUUGCUAAAAAUUGCAGUGGAAUUCCUCUGUCAAUUGUUGUUGUUGGAGGGCAUCUAGCUAAGUCCGAACCAACACAAGAAUAUUGGGAGUAUAUUUUGGGAGACUUGAGUUCAGUUGUGAAUUCAGAGGAUGACGAGCACUGCUUGAAAAUAUUGCAUCUGAGUUAUAGGGAGUUGCCGGUGCACCUGAAGCCGUGCUUUCUCUAUAUGGCCGUGUUUCAUGAAGAUAGUGUUAUUCGUGUCUCAACCCUCGUCAAGCUGUUGGUUGGAGAAGGAAUUUUGAAACCAGUUACUGGGAAAAGCCAUGAAAAGGUUGCAGAAGACUAUGUUAAGGAACUUAUUGAUAGGAAUCUCAUUUUAGCAAGUUCAUAUGGUCAUGAUGGAAAAGUGAAAGUGUGUAAGAUGCAUGAUCUGCUAAGGGACUUGUGCUUGAGAGAAGUCGAAAAGCAGAAGUUUUUUCGUACCCUAACAGAGAAGAGUCUGGGUUUUCCACUAGAUUUGAGCUCUGAACGCCGUAUUGUUGUUAAUAAACAUAAAUCAGAGGAAGAAAAUUCCCCUGAUGAAGUCUUUGAUGCCCUGGGAUCUGCAAAGUUUGCCCGGUCUUUGAUAUCGAAGUCUCAAGAACCCUUGCUGUCACUCAAUCUUAGAUUGCUGAGGGUAUGCUCAUCAGUUGUUGAAAGUUUCCCUGUGGCUAUUUUCGGGAAAGUUAAUUUGAGUUAUCUCUCUCUCACUGAUCAAGUAUCAAAUCUGUUACCUAGAAGUAUUCCUUCUUUAAUCUCCCUCCUCUGGAAUCUACAGAUACUAAUUUGGGAUACUAAUGCAACUGUACCAUCUGAGAUUUGGGAGAUGCCUCUAAUCAAGCAUGUCAUUUUCAGCAAAGCUGAGCUCCCAGAUCCUCCUGUAGAAGAUGGCGGCAUUGUGUUGGAAAAUCUACGGACGCUCAUGAAGAUACAUAAUUUCAACUGUACUGAAGAGGUGGUUAGGAGAAUUCCGAACAUCAAGAAGUUGAAGAUAUACUAUGAGGACUUCACAGAAGGGCCUCCUCGAAGCUGCAUUGACAAUCUUGUCCGUCUCCAUAAACUCGAAUCACUUGGCAUAGUCAUUGAUCCCUUCCCCAAUGUGGUGGAAACUCGGAGGCACUUGGUGCAGAACCUCACCUUCCCACAAUCACUCAAGAAAUUAACGAUAGGCCACAUUCGUCUACACUGGGACGACCUGAAUACCAAGAUAGGCUCGUUGCCACUUCUUGAAGUCCUCAAACUGAAAUGGAAAUCCUUCGUCGGGCGCAAGUGGGAAACAGUUGAAGGGAAAUUCCGCAGUUUGAAAUUCUUGUUGGUUGAGUUCUGUGAUCUGGAGCAGUGGAUGACAGAAAGCACCCACUUUCCUCGCCUUGAGCACAUUGUUUUGAGAGAGUUACGGUUGUUGAAAGAGAUUGAUUCGGUUAUAGGAGAUAUACCAACACUUGGAUCAAUUGAGUUGGAAUGUUGCACCAUUUCUGCUGUCAUCUCUGCUAAAACAUUACUGGAUGAACAAGAGGAGCUUGGAAAUGAUGUCCUUCGAGUUCGAGUUUUGCUCUUGGGGAAGAACAAGUUGGUGGAGAGCUUAGCAAGCCCCAACAUCCAAGUGGAAACCUGAUACUGCCAGGAUCGAAUUUGUCUCCUUUUCAAAAUGAACAUCAUGCCUCAGCUGCAAAAAAGUGUUGUUUUUUGAGACAAGCAUGGAGUUCAAAGACUUUGAGGCUCGUUACGUUGACCUUGGCGAUUAUGUGAAGCUAUGGUUGCUGUGCUUCUCUAUCAUCCCCCAAGGAGCCGUGAUCAAGAAGAGGCUGAUGCUGCAAUGGUGGGUUGUUGAAGGCUUUGCAUCAACUGAGAAAAAGAAGCGGUUGACUACUUUGGAGAACUGAUACGCAGGGGCUUUCAUUGAGCUCGUGAGCGACAACAGAAGCCUCUCGGCCGGUGGCUGCACGCUUCAUCCCUUCAUCGAUCAGCAUCGGUGGCGCUAGCUGAGGGCCAGAUUGAUCAUGACACAUUUUCAUUUUUAGGACGUCAUUACAAUCGAUACAAUUUUAAUGCAAAAUGUAUCAGUGUGCAAUCUCAGGUGGAAAAGGUUUUUUUUUUAAAGUGAAACUAUUUUUUUCAAA